GUGGUUGGGCCGGCAUAGUACAAGCCAGAAAGCAAGGACCAGCAGACUCAUUCAUUGCGUGAGGGAGGCCGGGGAUCGGCUUGGCGUGACAACAGCAAAAAUAAUAAUGGAGAAAUCUGCGGCCACCAUGGGCCCAACUUUCGCUGAUUACGGCGACCACGGAGGGGUGUACUCCAGCAUGCGAGGUCUCGACUACGUGGGGAACAUGUCCCAGGGUUUGUAUCACGGGAAGCACUACGCGACCUUGGAGUCGCACGGACCUCAAACUCAGGCGGCGUGUUUUCCCCAUCUAACUGACCAUGCCGGGCAGAGAAUCCAUGAUUUAAAUCCCACGGGCUGUGCUCUGAAUUAUAUAUACGGGGGUGCUUCGUACGCGUACGGGGGCAGCGAAGCGAACCACUACCCCCAGACGGGGACGAACACAUCGGACAGCAACAGUAGUGGGCCCGAUUACGCGCCGCACAUCCAACGACACGUGAGGACAGCCUCGACGCCCACCGCACACUACAACGGCAACUACAGUGAGAACGCGACAAGUCUCAACACAACGCCGACCAGGAGCUCUCGGCUGGAGCAAGGCGGCGAGUCACGGCCAGUCACCAGUGACUCGGACCGACAAACUACUGCAGCCACGGCCCCGUCCGACCAGUCAGCUAAUGGGGAGACUGGCCUAUACAACUGGAUGAAAAUUAAGAGAAAACCGCCCAAAACAGUUAAGACGCCGGAGUUCAACACAACGUCAGGCCAGCAGUCACCGAGUGCUAGCGGCGGGGGUGUCAGCAGCCUGGGAGGCGGCGCUAACAACGGCCGGACCAACUUCACCAACAAGCAGCUGACGGAGCUGGAGAAGGAGUUCCACUUCAACAAGUACCUGACGCGGGCCCGGCGGGUGGAGAUCGCCGCCAUGCUCGGACUGAACGAGACCCAGGUCAAGAUCUGGUUCCAGAACCGGCGGAUGAAGGAGAAGAAGAAGAUGAAGGAAUGUAUCCCGGGCCCCAAACCUUCGUUCCAUUCGUCUCUCUCCCACCACCAUCAUCACUUGCAUCACCAUCAGCAGCAGCAGCAACAACAACAACAACAGCAACAGCACAACGUGCAUUCCUCUGUGCCGAGCGGCACGCCGGCAACAGUGAUACCGGACUGUGAACACAAAUCACCGCCCGUCUACAAUGGCCACAAUCCCAACGGGGCAGGGGUGGCAGUGAAUUCAUCAGGGAGUUAGUUUUGCAACAGUUUCAAGAUUUGGGGGGGGAGUUUUUCUUUUAGGUUAUUUAUUUCAGUUUUUUUUUUUAUUUUGCAAUCGGUCGGACGAAGUGCCUCGAGCCCCGAUUCGGCGUGAAAGGCGUCCAAGGCAAAGGGACAAGUCUUUUCAUGUAAAGUGCCGGGGCAAUUCUCAGUCUCACACAAAUAGAGAGAGGGAGAGACUGUGCCGCCGCCGCGCCGUUGCUGCAAUUUAAAUCUCAUUUUGACUUUCAUGCCGAGGUUUGUUCUCGCUUGGUGGUGGAAGCCAACCCGUUGGCCCCGCUCUGUCGUCUAGUACAAAACAAGCCACAACACCCCCAAAAAAUAAAGUUAUUACCUUAUGUAUUGAAGUCAAAGAGGGACAGAAUUGAGCCCCUCGGGCUAUUCCCCUGGCAAGGGCACGUAUGAUUCGGGUUUUUUUUUUCAGAAUCACAGACCAUGGACACGAAGUCGAUUUGGUCUGACAAAAAGCCGCAGUGAGUCCACAAAGGCCGCUAAAUAGGUUCUCAUACGUCCCCAACUCAGGGGUUUUGUCUUGCUGAGAAUUAUAUGCCUGAAUAUAUACACCUGCCUCAAUUCAGUGAGGGACUCGCCGACUGUGCACCCAGGCGCCGACCGUACAAAGGGUCUCAAUCUGGACUGGAAUUCUCUCUCUCUCUUUUUCACCAGGUCGCGUCGUGUGUUGGUUCGAGGAGAUGAAAUCCCGGUUUGUUUGGGUCGGAUCGACCGCACUGAUCCCGGCACUUUGACUGCGUGCACGGGACGGCUCGAGCCGAGAUUUGGCGCUAAAGCCCCGAUUGUCAUACACUGCUCAGAUUCGCUCUGUGCUGGAUUAAUAAUCCCCUUGAUAUAACUCGCCUGUAGGUUUUUUGCGUGUUACUUAGUGCGGACAAAUUGAACAUGAAAGCGGCUUAAUAUGCUAACCGCGCGUGUAAUAUUUGGUCUGUCGGGUAUCUCAAUGGUUGCCGUAAUGGGAUAAAUUAAAAGAUAAUACUGUAGCCUUUUUUGGCUCUUACUUGUCUUGUCUGGCCGGUGAUGCGCGCAGGCAUUUAAUCUUGCAAGCCGCAGAAAUCAAACCAGCCACGGACAAGCAACAAAAAAUCCCGACUGGAUAAAUGGCACACAUUGGUAGUCCCUGAUGCUGGAGCAUGAAUCAUAAGUCGGGUUACCGGCCACGUCUCGUGUUGAGGCCCGCUUCUCAGUUGUUUGAUCUGCCGACGCUUCGCUGCUCUUAUCGAGCUUGGCGAAGCGGGCGAUGAUGACGAAAUUCUUGUUUUUCAAAUCAACCUUGUCAUUUGCAAGGACAUGAGCUUGAAUAUAAUUAACGCAUUUUCCCCUCGGGUGCACAUGUGGCAUGAGAGGAGGCCUAGGAUACCAUCCGACGCGUUGUUCAUAGAAGGCGCCCCCAAGGUUACAAUGGUCCCCUCCUUCUAUUAAUAGGGCUUAUGUAUUCCAAAACAAGCAAAUAAAAGUUCUCAUAUGCUUCUGGAUCCUCCCACGAAUAUUGUACGGUUGAAUGUAGUGUCCUAUCACAAAAAGUUAAAUAUACAAAUCUUUUUAGGAACCAUGAAAAGACAAAUAAAACUAAGCGAAAAACAGCAAAACAAAACCAGGCGAUAAAUAGUAUUUACAUAAGAUGUACAUGUAAUCUGGCGGUAUUUACGCCUUCUCGUCCCAGGUAUAGAUUCCGAAUCAUACUACUGCCCUCUGUUGGCUUCAAAGUCGACAGACCCUGAGCAAACCUGGCAUGGGUCACUGUGAAGUACAUGAAGCGAGCACGAGGCCACUUGAAAUCGAGCAAUGAUUGACGCAAUUAUAGUAUUAACAAGAGAUGUAUGCUCUCUCUCUACUCAUGUCCAUAAAAAUCCAUGAAAUACUCUUUUUCCCGGUUAUAGCUUUCUCAUGUUUGGGUCUUUUACCCAACUCGCAAUUUUGGGAAAGUUUUUCGUUUGCGCAGAUUGUAUUUUGGGGUUGUUUUUUCCUUUAAUACAAGGAAGUGUGUUUGUCACGUUUGACGGAGUAUAUUGUACUUUCUGAAGUCAGUUGACAAACAUCAUAAGAUGUUGUCACCUUUCUACGGUGAACUUGGACAUAUAGCAUAAGUUUCCAGAUGAGAUUCGAAUCCGUGAUCUCUGGAACAUGUGCGUCACUUUGUCAACGUAUGGUUGACUGAAUAAUGCACGAUAAUGUGGCCGUGAUUCCGUUAGCAAAGGAUAGAUUGAGGAAAGCCAUCUCUCUGUUUUGCUUUUUUUUUAAGUUGCCAGAAGAUGUCAUUAGAUACCAAACGCAUAGCACUGUCUGAAAUAUGUGAGCAUUUUUGUGAAAAUACCAAGGUCACCAUUUACAGACUUCACUUGCAUUUUGGGAUGAAAUCUUAAGGUUCGAUAUGGAAUGACGAGUCCCCUUUGAUAAAAGGCGGUCACCCAUCGGCCCCCAAUUUUGUGCAGUGCAGUUUUUUAAUAGCCUUUAUUCAACACAGGUCGUAGUCAGAACAGUCUUUCACAAAUCCAUUGGUGGUAUAUUUCCCCUUUUUGGUGUACCCUUGUAGUCUGCCCCUGCAGAACAAAUACUGGCUAAACAAUUAAGAAAAUCGCACCUUAAGAGGAAAGUCUUUGAAGUCGUUUAUCAACGCUGAAACCUAAUUUGUCAUUUAGUGUUGUAAAUGCUGUAUUGUGCCAAGAGGGAAAAGCUGCUUCAAACACAUCAUUUUCUUAGUUGCACCUUAUUUAUAAAAAAAAAUUAUACUGGGAGAAAUUCCCUUGCGUUGGUUGAUUUCAGUUUUAGUUUUCUUUCAAAAGGCUUCGGGCAUUUUACUCAGCUCGCUUCUUAUUUCCGCGUGAAGCUUUCUUUGCUUUUCUUUUUACCUAACAUUACAGUUGUAAAAAGGUGAUGCUAGAAUCUGGAAUCGCCUUUAUUUCAAUGGACGAGCGGCCCACUAUUUCUGCUUUACUCGCUUUAUUGAUUGUAUCUAGCCCGUAUGACAAUCAGUAUAGACAUUUUGAAUGUGGCCGUCGUGAAUACACCCUUCAGAGAAUGUGAUACGAGCUCAAUAUAUGAUUCAAUGGCUAAACAAUUACUGAUAAAAAACGAAACGAGUUUCAUGACUUUAUACUGUAUGAAUCUUUAUGUAAGGGUUUUCUGAUUUCCAUUUGAUUGUAUUCACUUUUGUACAACAGUGUUGAAAAAAGGCUAAUGCUAGCCUUCUAAACACCUGGGAAAUCCCUUCAUGUGUUAAUUGCGACUUUCCGAAGGCGUGGGCGGUUGACAUCUCGACUAACCUCGGGCAGUAAAUCAAGCAACAUUUUAGAUAUUUUAGGGUAAGGACAGUACAAACAGCGUGCUAUUGCUGAUACCAUUUCAAAUUUUAGUCGGUGUUCUCUUCAGAAAGAGCUCGGCAGAACUUUAGUUUGUCGCUACCUUUUUGCUUGCCCGUUUAUUUGGGGUUGGGGCCGUAAAGUGAUGUCUAGUGCCCUUUCCCACUUGGCCCAAAACCAUCUUUACUCAUCUUUCGGCCGAAUUAAAAUCGUCCAAUUUUUGUUCUCCCGAUCCCUGGAUCUAAACCAGAAGCUGUAGUUGAGAUGGGGUCACCGUUCGUGUGAUCCGGGUCGGUGCCUUUAAGAACCAGGGCACCUCAAAUUUGAUGCUACGGGUGCUGAAUUUGAAAACUGAGACCCAGUAAAUGUCAUACAACUCUGGCAAAUCGAAAGAACGGUGCCUUUGUGAUGUCCAAAUAAAGGGUUGAAUCAAGUCACACUCAGCUGUGAAGGAAUGAAACUUUCAAAUUCUGAUGAUACUACUGAUAACGAAAAAUCACGGCAGUUUAAAUCUGAUUUCUCCCACUUUCAAAAUAUGUACUCUCAAAAAUCAAAAGCAAGGUAACACGCUUUGACAGUUAUAUCUGAUAACCAUACGGUCAUUCAUUAUGUGCUGAGGUGUUGGGCUGCCAAAUUAAGUAAUCAAGUUUGUGUAUGUAAAUAUCAAUACAUUGAGGAGGUGCAUGCACCGCUUACAAAUUCGGUUCUAUUGUCUUAUUUAUUUAUUUAUUUAUGACAAUGAAAAAUGUAUGCCGUGUUUUCUUUGAUACCGGUACAUUUUAUGCCUUGAUUUUUUUUAUGUUGAAAUGAAGGAAAAAACAAAAUCCAAGUGACAGUUCGUUUUGAAAUGCACGAGUUUGUCUGAUUUGUAUUAUUUAUGAAUGAUGGCUUGAUGUGUAAAUACUGAUUAUUGAAGGGAAUCUCUUAAUAUUAACAUAAUUAAAAUAUUCAACUGAA